AUGGCUCAACCUUCGGAUCCGAGUCGAGUCGAUUGGGACAACGUCAAUGCCAUCCUGAAGGAUUCAUUCUUUGCUCAUGUUUCAUUCACGGACAAAGGAGGACUUCUGCACUGCAUUCCGAUGAUCGCGCCAGUUUUGCAAUUUCCCGAAGAUCCUGAGCCAUAUCUGUACCUCCACGGCCAUCCCUCAUCACCACUGAUACAGAUGGUCACAGGUUCAGCACAUACCACACUCGAACGUGAGUCAAAUCUGAUUGUUGCCAUCACAGCUACCAAAGUCGAUGGCAUCAAUUUGUCUUCCGCUCCGAACGGGCACAGCUUUAAUUACCGGACUGUUAGUAUCAACGGAUCUUGUUCUCUCGGUCCAACAGAUUUGUUACGCAAGCUUGCAGUAAUGAGGGCUGUGACAAAUCACAUUGUCCCUGGUCGGUGGGACGAUGUGAACCCAGUAUCAAGGGAGAUAUUGUCAUUAGUCGCCAUUGUAAGAGUCCGUGUAGAUACAGCUCGUGUCCGAAUUCGCCAGGGAGGUCCAAAUAUUCAAAAACGUGAUCCUGAAAUUGGCGGUCCUGAGAAACCAGGCGGUGUUUGGACAGGUGUCAUUCCUGUAUGGGAGCAAUUGGGAGAGCCGGUCGAAAGUGGGAAGACUCCUGCCACAGUCAUCCCACCCAGUUUGAAUAAGUUUCUCGCCGAGAGAAAUAAUGCGAGCAGGCGGUAUGCUAUGGAGAAUGCGGUGAAACAAAGGACGACUUGA